GGCGGUUCAGGGCGCGGAGUUCUGGGACCCUGCGCGGGUCGGGACCACUUCCCACGUCGGCGUUCAAGGCCUGCGUGGCGUUGGUUCCUCACGGAUCGAUAAUGGGGGCUCUGAGCAUCCGGCGCGGCCUGGAGUGGCUACUGGGCUUCUACUUCCUCUCCCAUGUCCCCAUCACUCUGCUCUUGGACCUGCAGGCGGUGUUGCCGCGCGAACUCUACCCAGUGGAGCUGAGAAACCUGCUGAAGUGGUAUACCAAGGAGUUCAAGGACCCUCUGCUCCAAGAAGCCCCGGUGUGGUUUAAGUCCUUCCUGUUUUGCGAGCUUGUGUUUCAGCUGCCUUUCUUUCCCAUAGCAGCCUAUGCCUUCUUCAAAGGAGGCUGCCGGUGGAUCCGCACCCCUGCAAUCACCUACUCCGUCCACACCAUGACGACGUUAGUGCCAAUUCUCGCCACGUUGCUAUUCGAGGAUUUCUCCAAAGCCAGUGGUUUCAAAGGACAAGGACCUGAGACUCUGCACGAACGACUAGCCCUCCUAUCUGUCUAUGCCCCCUACUUUCUCAUCCCUCUCCUGCUUCUGCUUUUCAUGCUGCGGAGCCCCUACUACAAGUAUGAGGAGAAAAGAAAGAAAAAAUGAGAGAAGUAACUGCCAGCCUGGCAGGAGCUGCCUGUGGGGCAGUUUCCUGGUAGACCCAGGAUGCAGGAAACUGCUCAGACCCCAUGUUUUUCAGUAGCAUUUGAAACACACCAGCAACACCCCGGACCAAGACGCUGGCAGGAGCCACAUCAAACCCUCCCCUUUUGAGAACUCUGCCACUCUCAGUCCCAUCAUCUGAGGAUGGGGGGGGGGGGUCCUAGGGAAAUGGUGCCCAACACCUCACCCUGUGCCCAGGGUCCAUCACGAGCCAGACCAGACACUGGAGAGACUUCCGAGACACGUGGCCUGCGUGGCACGUCACUGAGUCACUUGACCCACAAUGGACAGGUGACUAAACCCUUGAUUCAGGACUCUCCACAGCCUGUCAUUAGCAACAUGAAGAGCGGGAGGUUUCAGGCCAUUGUAAAGUUCGAAAUGAUGCCUCUUUAAUAUUCAUUAAAAACAAUAUCCUGGUUUUUUUGCCUCCACUUCUGGUGUGGGGAACGGGUUCUGUGAAGGUUUAAACUUGGCUUUGCUCCUUGGGUAGCUCUGGCCUGACUUUCAGAAAUGGGUUGAACUAGAAGGCGUUUUGUUUCCGUCUUAAACAGGUCAUCCCAGAAAAGAUAUUUUGUCAAGUCUCCCUAAAAACCGGGUUUUUACAGACCACCUGACGGUGGCCCGCUCUGAGGUCUGAGUCUCACAUCCGAUCUGGAAGUCUGCUUCCUGCAGGAUGACUUCGCCCGCCCUCAGUUUCGUCAUUCCCGGCCGGUCCUCCACGGGGACGGGCAGCUGGGUGUGACGUGUCCGUGUGUCAGUACGGGAUCUCUUCACUGGUGUUUCUUAGCUUUCUCUAAAUUCGUACUCGAGGCCAACUCAACAAAAGACUGGAUGCAUGGAACAUGGCAACUGGUCCUUCCUCUUUUCAUCUGUUUUGUUCACGAGCCAUAUUGGUCUGAUUGAUGGGAGGAUCCUCUGACGCCUGUGUCUGGUCCGAAUAAAGGCAGCUGCUGCCCCCUGCCUGGUCUGUUUCGUGGCCUGGGGGCUAGAGUGUCCCGGGUUCCCUGACAAGGUGUUCGAUGUACACUUCAAAGGCAACAGGAAAAGAGGCAGAUGAGGCCAUUUGAAAACAAUAAUUUAUUGCUUCCUUUGAAAGUUUUGUGAAUUAAAAAAAAAAAAAAGGAUCAGAAUGUACAGACUGCUCAGUUCAGGCUAAGAAUGCCUGGGCCACCAUGGCCCCCCGGCAGGUCACCGACAUCUGUAGCGAGCCCCGCCCCCACCCAGACUUGCUUGCUGCCCUCAGAGAUGCUGUGUUUUUCCACACCAUCUCCCAGGGCACACUUGGGUCACUGGUCAAGUCACUGGAAUGGUACAGAGAGGGGCUUUAUGGGGUUUUGAUUUUGCCCGCCUGCUAUAAAAUGAAACUUUCAGUUCAUUUCUGAAAAAUAAAUUGGUCAAUAAAUUCA